UACAGUAAAUUGUAUCAUUCCUCAGGUUUUUGCAUUAGGUGUGCCAGAGUUUCAUAUUAUCGGUUAUAAUGGAAGAAGCAUGCAGAGAACUCGUGCAGUUUCUACAACUAACUACACGAUUUGAAAUCAAACUUACAGCGAUUCAAAACGUUCUAGCUAUUACUGGAACCCCUGAUGGUCAAAAAUUAAUAUUUGAUAACAAGAAACUGUUAGAGUGCAUUCUGACGCUAACCAAGGACUCUCACCCUGCUGUUGUGAAUGAAAGCUACCUUUGUAUCAUUAACUUAUCAACUUACGGACGUGCCUCCGAGAUCCUGCUGAAAAAUUAUGAAAUCUUGCCGGAGUUCUUUAAAGUUAUCUGUGAUGGGGAAUCCCCAUAUUCGGACAAAGUUUGCAGCAUAAUAAACAACCUCACAAGAGGCAAGGAUGGGGCGAAGGUUGUUGCGCAAUGUUUGGCAGAUGUUUAUCCAGACGGUUCCAAAGUAAUCAAACUCGCAAAACUGUUGGAAAUAUUUUCAAAGGUGGAAUACAAUAAGUCAUGCAGUAUGGAUUACUUGGCUGCUUUCUUCUCAAACCUAACUCAACUUCCAGAAGUUCGACAAUUUUUCCUCGACCAAUCCAAGAUUCGAAUAAACCAACUUUUUCCUUUCCUUACUUACAAGAAAUCGGUGAAACGCAGGGGUGGAAUUGCUGCCACGAUAAGAAACUGUUGCUUUGAAUAUGAGAGCCACGAUUGGUUGCUAAGCGAGGACGUUGAUCUUCUUCCUCACCUGCUCCUCCCACUAGCAGGCGCUGAGGAGUUCGACGACGACGACAACGAUCGCCUUCCACUCGACCUUCAAUAUUUGCCAUCGGAUAAACAAAGGGAGGAAGAUCCAGAUGUGAGGGUUAUACUGGUGGAGGCGUUGACAUUGUUAUGCGCCACUCAAUCUGGCAGAGCUUAUGUCAAAGACAAGAACACAUACGUGAUAAUGCGUGAGUUGUACAGAUGGGAGACGGAGAAUGACAACACUGAUGUGGCCGAGACCUGUGAAAAACUUGUGCAGAUCUUAAUUUCUGAUGAGCCAGAAGACGGGAGAGAGAAUUUAUUAACUUGCGAUAUUCCAGAAGAACAUUUGAAAAAAUUGCAGAGUUGCGGUUAAAUAUAGAAACUAUCAUUUUAUCUUUUAUUGAAUAAUGUGUUAAAUUUGCAAUCAUGUUGGUUACGUUCCAUUUUAUGUAAAUAUGGUUCCUGGGUUGAAAAACAUGAAAGGUCCAUCACUUUU